AUGACAAUUCGACUACUAAUUGGUGCUAUGAUUCGAACUUGGCAGGUUGUUACGGGCAGAGGAGAGAGCCGUCUGUGUCACAAAAGACUGAUCCAGAUAGACCAUCUUCUUCCCAUGUUCCAUUCAAUUUGUCUGUUACUGAGCCUCAAUCCCCAUCCUUUGACCGUUAUUCCGCAUAUUGUCAUAGAAACGGUCAGCCAUCCUGUUCUUCCUCUCAUGUACCCACAGAUUAUCACCAUUCCCAAUCCUCUGUUUCAGCUCGAAAAUCGCCUCCACCACGUCCUCCGCCUCCUUCUAAGUUUCACGCUACCCAUCACCAUUCCCAAUCCUCAUUUCCUGCCCAAAAACCGCUCCCUCCGCUUCCUCAUACAGAGACCAGCUACCAUUCUCAAUCCUCUUUUCCCACCCAAAAACCACACAAUCCACUCUUUAAUAAUAGCUCUUAGCUCCAUCUUUGCUUGA